AUCACUAAAUGCCAAACGGAUUUGAUGUUAUCAUUGUCAAUGUCAGUGAAUGAGUUAAGUUUGAAAUCAGGCAUAUUUUUUUCUCCUUUUUUUUUGUAAACAAAUGUUAUAACACUGAAAAACACUAUGGAAAUAGUCUUGGCACUAAACGCAGUUCUAAAAAUAUUAACAAACUACAGGUAUCAUAAAACAUGAACGCUUCCAUUCCAGUACGGUAUGUUCUUAACUGACGUAGGCACUACAAAUGAACACUAGAUGGCGUUGUUGUUAGUUAUCACCUCCCUGCCUAUCUUAUCAUAGCAAAGAAGAAAGUCUCGCAUCUGAUUGGCCACUCUCUCGGAAAAUUACACACGCCAAACAUACUCGACUUUUCAUCACAUAUUAUGUUGUUGCUACUCUAAUACUUUUGAUAACGUUAAAUGAGCGGUGGCGUGUUAAAAAAAAUAUUUUUUAUCUAAUUAUACAUCACAAAAACACUUGGUAACUUUUCCAAUGAGCCGGUACGUAAAACGAACGAAGAGAGGGCUGUCGAGUCUUGGAAGCCGAAUGGAGACCGCGUGGACAGACGAAACUCUUUUGAAGCUUCUCAACGCGGUGAAAAGUAACAUUCCGGAACCUGAUAGAAUGAAAGCGUUCUCCCAUGGCGUAAACACGCUCAACUGGGAAAAUGUGGCAUUUCCUCCUUUUUCGGCUAAAGAUUGCUUGGAAAAGUGGAGAGUUGUGUCACGAAAGAUGCGCAAGAUUCGAACACUUACAGAGCUUGUUGAUGAAGCGGUCGAUCAAAUUUCAAAUUCAACCAAAAAGGUAGAUUCGCAGCCUCCAAAGCGACCCAGCCUUCCAAUAUAUGUCUUUUACAAUGAGAACUUCUACAAAUACCAAGCGCUGCACCCGGAGUUGAGUCCACAGGGGAUUUUCUCAUUAGUAUCGGAAAAAUACAACGGCUUGACUGAGGAAGAAAAGGCCCCUUAUGUGGAACAAUACCAUCGCGCGCAUGCGGAAUACUCAAAAUUGAGGAAGAAGGCUGCAGAGACUGCACUAGAUGACCAGAACGCGAGUGAAAAUGAAGCAAAUUCCAUGGAAUCAACAGAGGACGCCCAGCCUCCAAAGCCACCCGGGAGUGGUUAUCAUCUAUUCUGCAAAGAGCAAGCGGGGUCCAUGCAGGGGGUUCCUAAAAAUGACUACGUGGCCACGUGGGCCCAACGUUGGCGCCAGUUGAGCGACGCGGAGCGAAGCGCUUUCAGUACACGGCAUUUACAAAUGAAAGAAGAUUACGCUAGGAAGUGCAGGCACUACCUGUCAAAACGUCAAAAACUUGCCGCCCAUCAAAUUAAUAAAAUCCAGGAGGAUUACAGACCCUCGGACUCCGAAGACGAAGACCUAGAAGUCAGCAGUAGCAGCGAUGAAGAGCAAGAGUGUUUCACUUGGGAUGAGGAUGAUGAAAACGACGUCAACGAGAACAUCUUCGAUGUAUUUUAGGUGGACAUUUGACACCAAAUCAUGACGCUGUCAAAUUGCUGCAUGUUGUUUAUUUUUUGACUUUUCAAAAUGCUAUCAAUGACUGCAGAAAUUGUAACAUCGUGUUCACUUUUACUCCCAACUAUACGUCUUCAGUUAAUCAGUAGAGAAAAGCCUUCAGCCUGUAGUAACAGAUAAGCGCUUGUGUGAUUUCAACAUGUAUUUUUCAGGCAGGAAAAUCUCUCAGCUUUCGGCGAAAUUCGCCAGUUUGAAGUCAAAAAGGGUGACAUGUGAAUUGUGUGAAUCCGAGGAGAAAAUUUGUAGGGUUUCGGGAGAUUUUUUUAAUGUCGGACGUAUGGUAUGCAAGUGGGGAAAGCGGCACAAAGCCAAAAAAGCGCACCAGAGUGGCCAAAACAUUGACUUAUUUCAACGAAACAAUGUUGUGUCCUGUCUCUUCAAUGCCAAGCUUGGCUGCACGUCUGCCGUGAAUGAACACCUUAAGCGUCGUCACCCAGUUGUAAUUUUGGAAGACAACAGGAGACAGUUACAAGCUGGCAAAUUGUAAGUCCAUCUAACUGACAUGUUUUAUUGAAUUUACCAAGUUUGUCGCGAUAUGCAAUGAUUCCGUUCAUCGCACGGUAAAAAAAAAAUGAGGGCGGUCAUUUUCACAGCUGCGUUUUAUCGUUGCGUGCGUGCACACAUUUGUGCAUACGUGUUGAAGGCAUAUGAGACUUCAAUUCCUUUCACACAUGUUUAUUAAUCAUCAACACGCUGUAGAAUUAAAGUUCAGACAUACAAAAUAAGCAAACACAUCUAUAUUAAACACUGUAAAUGUUAGCAUUGCUACAUUGAGGCUAAUUGGGGAAAAAAGACAACCUACUUUAGCCUGCUAUAAAACAUUGGCAGUCUUCUCCAAAACGCAAACUUGCGGUUAAAAGGUUACACUUCAAACAUGAAAAAUCGCUGGUUAACAGCAUUCGCACGAAAAAAAUUGAUUACUGACGCCACAUGCAAUGACAAAAAGAGCUUUUUUUUAACGAAGUGUAAAGCUUACUGUUACCGGUUUAGCGAACGCACUUCUGGUGAACAUUUCAAAAUAAAAGCACGUCAGGUUCGUCACAUAAAUAACGAUUUCUGGAGUUAAUCCCACAUACUUCAGAAUUCAGACUACACUAAGAAUAGCUUCAAAAUGACACUCUUUAUUAAAAUUCUGAUUGGCAAUGAUUAUAAUACGAUUAUAUAUAGUAGUAUACUAUAAUAUGCUAGAUAUAUAUAUAUAUAUAUUUUUUUUUUUUUUAAUUGUUUUGAAUCAUGUUGGAAAGGCGAAGUCAGUGUUCUGAAUCUGUUUACAUUCCAUUCUUUUGCACUAGGUUAAUGCUGUUAGCAUUUGACCUCAUUGUUUAUUUGUGAUUUAUUGUUGUUAUUUAUGUGAUU